AUGGUGAACAUUCCCAAGACACGACGAACCUACUGCAAGGGCAAGCAAUGCAGGAAACACACCACCGAUGUGAAGGGGCAAGCCGGGUAUUGUAGUCCCCACAAAGUCACGCAGUACAAGAAAGGCAAGGAUUCGUUGGCCGCACAGGGAAAGCGCCGCUAUGACCGUAAGCAGUCGGGUUAUGGUGGUCAGACCAAGCCUGUCUUCCACAAAAAGGCGAAGACAACGAAGAAGGUCGUACUGCGACUAGAAUGUACUGUCUGCAAGUACAAGAUGCAGCUUUCACUCAAGCGUUGCAAGCACUUCGAGCUUGGCGGUGAGAAGAAGACGAAGGGUGCUGCUCUUCAAUUCGUACGUCCUCUCGAUUUGAUUGGUAUCCCUGCCCUAUCUUUUGACCUUGCCUUUCAUAUUGCUAUUGCCAUUGUCUACGCUUCGUCAAGCUCUAUGUGA